AUGCCAAAGCAAAUACAACGCAUAAUACCAGGACUGAUAGCGAUAUGCUUGUUCCUCGUCUUUAUCUCGGGCACAGCCAAAAAAGCGGUCCCUGGGCUGUUCGAGAACAGACCGAAGCACUUCCCGCGGAAGAUCUGGCAAACGUGGAAAGUCGACCCUCUCAAGUUCGAAGAGCGAGACCACAACGUCGCUCAAUCAUGGAUUGCGAAGAACCCAGACUACAGAUAUGAGGUUCUCACCGAUCAGAACGACAUGGCCUAUGUCGAGACCCAUUUCGGACCAGACGGCCUCAACCGACCAGAUAUCGUCUACGUGUAUCGCGAACUUACAGCACGUAUUGUCAAGGCCGAUCUCCUGCGCUACAUGAUCAUGUACAUCGAAGGCGGUGUGUACACCGACAUUGAUGUGGAGGCUUUGCGCGGCAUCAACCAAUUCAUCCCACCCCGUUGGAAAGAGAAGGACGUCGACAUGGUUGUUGGCGUCGAGAUCGAUCAACCAGAAUUCGCAAUGCACCCAGUACUCGGCACGAAAUGCAAGUCAUUCUGCCAAUGGACAUUCAUGUGCAAGCCGCGACUGCCGGUCAUGAUGAAGCUUGUGGAGAACAUCAUCGUGUGGCUUCGCGGCGUUGCAAUGCAGCAAGGUGUGCCAAUCUCGCAAGUCAAGCUCGACUUCGACCAGGUUAUCAGCGGCACCGGACCAUCCGCCUUCACGAACGCGAUUCUCGAAGACAUCAAGAUGCGAACAGGUCGUGAAGUCACGUGGGAUGAGUUCCACGACCUGAGCGAGUCCGUCCUCGUUGGAGGCGUAUUGGUUUUGACUGUGGAAGCUUUUGCUGCUGGCCAAGGACACUCGGAUUCUGGAACGCACGACACGAAGCAGGCACUCGUCAAGCACCACUACCACGCCUCCGGCUGGCCAACUACCCAUCCACGUUUCAACCACCCAAUCUUCGGCGAAGUCGAGAAGUGCAACUGGAACGCCGAAUGCGUACGCAAAUGGGACGAGGACACGGCGGCAUUUGAGAAACUCAGCCCAGAAGAGAAGAUUCGACAGGUCGCGCUCAAAGAGGCGGAAGACAAGCGGAAAGCGGAAGAAGAAGAGAAGAAUAAGGCUGAAGACGAGGACCGAAAAGCCAAGGGCCUUCCACCACUUGAUCCCGAGACGAGACGGCCGAUUGGAGAGGCAGAAGCUGUGAAAGCGAAAGAGAAGGCGAACCCAGAGUUGCGUCCACGAUGA